AUGGCACCCACUGCUGUAACGGUGGUGUCACAUCGUGAGGAAGAUUCGAUGAAUAAUGAACCAUCGUUAAGCGGUAGAACCAUUAUUGGUCUUAUAUAUCCUCCACCUGAUAUCAGAACUAUCGUCGACAAAACCGCAGCCUUCGUCGCACGUAACGGUGUGGAUUUCGAAAAUAAAAUCCGUGAGAAAGAAGCAAGCAACAAACGUUUCAACUUUUUAAGCCCUACAGAUCCUUAUAAUGCUUACUACAAGCAAAAGGUACGAGAUUUUCAAGAGGGUAAGGUCGAUGCAGCAACCGUCGCGGUAAAGCCUCAGUUGCCUGAAGCAGUCAAAGACGCUGUCAAAAAAGCCGAUUUCAUCCCUACAAAACCACCACCUGCGUUUGAGUUCUGUGCUGAUCCAGCAACGAUAAACGCUUAUGAUCUUGACCUAAUUCGGAUGACUGCACUAUUUGUGGCAAGAAAUGGGAGACAAUUUCUCACACAGUUGAUGACACGAGAGGCUCGUAACUUCCAGUUCGACUUUCUGAAGCCACAACAUUCAAAUUUCACGUAUUUCACAAAGCUUGUGGAGCAAUACACAAAGGUUAUUAUUCCACCAAAUACCAUUCUCGAAGAUCUUCGCAAUGAAAAAGGUAAUACGAAGAAGCUAAUGGAAGAUGUGAAUUACAGAGUUGCAUGGGAGAAGCAUCAGAAAAGUUUGAGGGACAAGGAAGAAAAGGAGGCCGAGAAGGAACGUGUUGCUUACGCAUCAAUCGAUUGGCACGAUUUUGUUGUUGUACAGACCGUAGACUUCCAGCCAGGCGAUACAACUAAUUUACCUGGAUUGUGCACUCCCAAAGAUGUUGGCGCUCGUAUACUGCUUGAAGCAAGGAGUGAAGCUCAGAAACAAGCUGGAGAAGCAAUGGAAAUGGAUAUGGACGAGUCCGACAGCGAAGAUGAAGCUGAGCAGCAGAUACAGAAUGAGGUUGAGCCAGCACCGGAACCAGCAGCACCCACUCCUGUAGCUGCACCUCCAGUUGAGGAGGCACCACCGCCACCUACGGAGUUCUCCACUCCUCUGCCACCUACUCGCCAGAAGGAUCUCAUUGUGAAAGACUAUGAUCCUAAGAAGGCGGCACACGCCAUGAAACGUCCUGCUGACAAAUGGCUCAUUUCCCCACUCACUGGUGAGAGGAUUCCUUCGGAUAAGUUGGAAGAACAUGUGCGUUACAAUACUGUCGACUCGCAGUACAAGGAGGAUCGCGAAAGGCAACUUGGCGAGCGCGGCAAUGAGGAGCCCGUUCUGGCUCCUGGUGCGGAAAUCAGCAAAAAUCUGGGAAGAUUCGCAGAGCGCCGUACCGAUAUCUUCGGUGUUGGUGCCGCUGGAGCAGAACAAACGAUCAUUGGAAGAAAGUUGGGUGAGGAAGCUCCGCAACCAACGAAGCAACUUAUAUGGGAUGGCUCCGAAGAAACUCGUGAGGCACAUACGCUUGCUGUGCAAAGCCAAGUCACUAUUGAUCAGCAGAUCCACGAAAUUCACCGACAACACGGUUUCCUUCCGGAUGCUUCAAAGGAGCGUAUAGGUGCACAACCGGUUACGCAGGCACAAACUCGUACUGCCACUGGAGCUACUUCUGCUCCACCUGUACCACGUAUGCCAUUCCCACCUCCCCCGGGAAGUUCAGGAUUGAUGCCUCUUCCACCAGGAUUCGCGAUGCCUCCACUUCCUGGUGGCGUAAUGCCGCCACCACCUGGGAGUGGAAUGCCACCUAUGCCUGGUGGAAUCCCUCCUCCGCCAUCCUCAAUGCCAGAAGGUGCCCCACCUCCGAAGCGACAAAGAACAGAGGAUGAGUUGGAGCCAGAGGCUGAGUGGCUAAAGAAGGUCAGCGGUACGAUUGAUCUACGUAUUCAGUUGCCAGUGAGUGCUGAAUUUAACAUGGAUGGAUCGAUUAUUGGAUUACAGAUUGAUGUUUCUUCGCAAGUGGCAGAUCUCAAGCAAAACCUUCAAGAUAAGCUAAGCAUGCCAACAGGAAAGCAGAAACUUAUCUUCGAUGGGUUCUUCCUCAAAGAUAACUUUUCUUUGGCCUUCUACAACAUGAAGAAUCAGUCGUUCGUUAUCCUUCAAAUCAAGGAACGAGGUGGAAAGAACAAGUAA